AUGGGACUAAUACUCAGAGGAUCCAGGAUCGUGUCACGCGCUCCUAGAACAUCGUUAUGGACGUCACAGUACCGCAGCGCCUCUCGAGCCACAUACACAGUGCCCAUUGCUCAACCGCCGGCCGAGGACAAGCAUUGGCACAUCCCUACCCUUGACGAAUGUCCUUCACCGACGUGCCAAUGCAGAGAGACGCCUCCGGGCUUGGACAUUGAUCGCGAGAGCAAACUCAACGGGACCAUGCCGGCGUAUGCUGAGCAGGUCAUCAUCUCGACAGGCCGAACAGAUUGGAAGAGCAGGAUACAAGAGGACGAGGAUAGCGCGCUUGUGAACCAGCUGGCCAAGUUGACUGGACCCAAGGGCAAGUUCUUCGACUCCGCGCAGAAGGCGAACACAGUGCCCGCCGCCAAACCCGGCUCCGACCCAGACAUUGUCCCUCAAGAAGUACCCAAGACAGGUCCCGCGUCUGCCUUCCUCUUCCCCAGCUUCCAAUACGUUCCCAGUAUCCCUACCGAUGACAGCGGCGUCGAAGCAUUCGUCAAGGGCUUCGUCCUGCCUGCGUCUCUACAAACAUCCAAUGAACGUAUGAGCAGGGCACAAAAGAACACUAUUCUCCAUGCACCCGAGGUGCGCAAAGAAUUUCCCGGGGCGCGGUCGGUUCACGAGAUUGUAGUUUUGAUCUGCGGUCAUGGUGGGCGCGAUGUAAGAUGUGGAACCAUGGGCCCGAUUCUGCAGGCAGAGUUCGAGGACAAGCUGGAGAGACAGAACAUUCCCAUCAUUCGCGACGCACCACCUCACGACACGGUGCAGCCGGAUUACUCGAUUGAAGAGUACCAGCCUGCAGCAAGAGUCGGGCAGAUCUCGCAUAUUGGAGGACACAAGUGGGCUGGCAACGUGAUUGUGUACAUCCCGCCUAGCUUCAAGACCAACCCUCUGGCAGGCUGUGGUAUUUGGUAUGGAAGAGUAGAACCCCAGCAUGUCGAGGGUAUCGUGGGCAAGACAUUGAUCGAUGGCAAGGUCAUAAAGAGCCUCUUCCGAGGCGGAAUCCGCGAGGGCGGCGAGAUUCUCAGGCUCGACCUGGAUUAG